CGGCAGCACUCCAGCGUGAUGAUGACAGGGUGGUGCCAGCCAGGGUAGAGAUUGGCUUGCAGAGUGAAGGGGGGGGGGGGGCUUGUGGAAUAACACCACAAUACAACACGCAGGAGCUGCAGCCACUCGGUGGUCUCCCGUAACCACCAUCAUCAUCACCACCACCAUCAUCAUCCCGGGUGCCAGCUGAGGACAGUCGCACGGGGAGGAGAGCGCAGAAGCGGACACCUGAGUUGGAGCGCCGCAGCCAAAUGAUGGACUCCCCCUCAGACCUCUUCGACGACUCCGCUGGGCAGCUCCACCAGCUUGCUCCCCCACUACGCUCCUCAGACCUGCUCGGUGGUUUUCCAGGCGGAGGUCGGCCACCGCUGACCGCCUUCAGACCACCCAGCUUCCCAUUGAUCCAGCAGCACCUCAUCCAACCUCAUGGGGCUCCGAGAAGGACCGGGGGUCCUCACCACGCACAAAACCCGCCACUGGCUUUACUCAGGGGGGAGGAGAGAAAACCGGAUGAAGACCGGGAUUUGGUGGCAAAUGAUGACCAGGUUAGAAAGCGACCUACCACCGAGUGGAGUCAAGACCUGGCGAGGGUGAAGAGGAUGAAGCUCGAUGGUAGAACGGAGGAAGGGGAGGCGAGGCGAGGUGAAGGAGGCAGGGAGCUGAGGAAAAGAAGGAAGGAGGAGCUAAAGGAGCAGCUGGAGGAGGCGAGAGAGAGACUCCAGGCCCUGCAGGAGAAAGUGCUGAUGGCCUUUGGGGAAAAGAACAUGGAGGAGGAGGAGAGAAUGUUUGAUGAAGAGGAGGACGAUGGCGCAGGAGGGCUCACACUUCUCUCCACGUCUCCUUUUUCUAACUUCGACAGGCCGAGAGAAGAGAAGCAGAAAAACAAAGCAAAGGCGGAGACAGGAAGUGGCGGAGUGAUGGAGGGGGUGGGGCUGUGGCUGGACUGGGACGGAGACAUGGAAGACGAGGACGACGACGGGGGGCAGAGGUUCGCCCAGGCUUUGAAGCUGCAGCUGGGCAGCGCAGUGGCAAGGGUCAUCGACCGCGUCCUGCGCCUUUACACCGACACGUCCGAUUCCAGGCCUUCCUCCCCUCCGGCCGCCAUCUCCUUCCUCCCGUCGGGGGCGGCGGAGGGCGGGCCAGGGGACAAGGGGGUGUGGCUGGGACUCUUAGCCAGAGUGGAGGAUGAGGUCGGAGGUCAGGAGGAGAGGCCUGCGGGGAGGAAGGAUGAUGAAAGAGAGAAACAGAGAACGAGAACCUUGCCUCCGCCGUGCAGCGAGCAGACAGAUGUGGCGUUGCCGUUGGUCACUCAAAAGUCACCUGGCUUCCACAAGGCCCGCCCACUUCCUGGCCCACCUUUGUCCAACCAGGCAAACCUCUCCCUGCAUCACCCCUCCUUGCCUCGCCCCCCGCUUCUCUCCCAUCCUCUCUUGCACCCAGCGUCCCAAUCCAAGGACCCUUCCUCAUCUUCCUCCUCCUUUCCCCCUCCCCCUCCCCCUCUGCCCCUCCCACUCAUCCAUUACUCCAUGCAGCAGCUCUUCUCCCGCUCCCUCCACCACCCACAGAUGCCCCAUCUUCCGGCGUCCCGCAAGGACUUCCUCAACUCUGACCCCUUCUUGGAGUUCCACUCGCAUCCCUCCUUCCCCCCGCUGCCCCUGCUGGGUCACCUGGGCCCCGCCCUCGUACGCGGCGGCAGGGAGCGGGAGCGGGGGGUCCGGGGAGGUGGAGGGAUGGACGGAGGAGAUCUUUACUUGGCUGCUGGAGGAACCCAGGAGGGCUUGUCUCCUUGCCACCUGAAGAAAGCCAAACUCAUGUUCUUCUACGCUCGCUAUCCCAGCUCCAACACACUCAAGACGUACUUCCCGGAUGUCAAGUUUAAUCGCUGCGUGACCUCCCAGAUGAUUAAAUGGUUCAGCAACUUCAGAGAGUUCUUCUACAUCCAGAUGGAGCGUUUUGCAAGGCAGGCUGUCCGAGAAGCCCUCGCACGGGAUGGGGCCCCCUGCCUGGGCAGAGAGAGCCAGCUGCGAGUGGGCCGGGACACAGAACUGUAUCGAAUACUGAACAUGCACUACAAUAAAAGUAACAUCUACCAGGUCCCAGAAAGGUUUAUCGAGGUCUCCGAAGUGGCCCUGAGGGAGUUCUACUCUGCCAUUUGGACCGGGAGAGACAGCGACCCCUGCUGGAAGAAAGGAAUAUACAAAAUUAUCUGUAAACUUGACAGUGGCGUGCCAGAUGCCUUCAGAUUACCUGGUUGUCCAGUUGGCUGAGCAGACCAUUGUUAAUACAACCUAUUAGCACACAUGCUGCACUGGCGAUGAGACAGGUUGUUUACACAUGUGAUCAUGCACAUGCUUUACUCUUUUUAAUCUUCUUUAUUAACGUCUGGGAGACUCUCCAGUUUAGUGUGAACUCUUUAUCUUCAUUUUUGUAUUCUUUCGCAAAAUAUUUGAAAUGUAGACAUGAUCCAAAAACACACAAACACACACCUUAAAACACUGCAAAUUAAAAAUACUGCAAACAGGGGUCCCCAAACUACGGCCCGCGGGCCGGAUACAGCCCACCAGAGUCCAAAAUCCAGCCCGCGGAAGUUAAAAAAAGUUUUUUUUAAAUAUAUAUAUAUGUGUGUUUUUUUUAAUUAUUCUUUUUUAAAAAUCUGUCCUUUCUAAACGAUUUUCUACCGUUUGUUACUCUCGGUGUCUCCUAGCCGCUCAGGCAAAUCAUAAUGUCUAGAAAUGCAUUUUUCCAUCGAAUACAUGACAUCAUCGCAUUCGCGGCGCAGCAAGUGCGCGCUUUUUCAGUAUCUAUCUAUCUAUCUAAAAUAUAAACGGAAUACAAUGAUUUGCAAAUCCUUUUCAACCCAUAUUCAAUUGAAUGCACUACAAAGAGAAGAUAUUUGAUGUUCAAACUCAAACUUUUAUUUUUUUUUUGCAAAUAAUAAUUAACUUAGAAUUUCAUGGCUGCAACACGUGCCAAAGUAGUUGGGAAAGGGCAUGUUCAUCACUGUGUUACAUGGCCUUUCCUUUUAACAACACUCAGUAAACGUUUGGGAACUGAGGAGACACAUUUUUUAAGCUUCUCAGGUGGAAUUCUUUCCCAUUCUUGCUUGAUGUACAGCUUAAGUUGUUCAACAGUCCGGGGGUCUCCGUUGUGGUAUUUUAGGCUUCAUAAUGCGCCACACAUUUUCAAUGGGAGACAGGUCUGGACUACAGGCAGGCCAGUCUAGUACCCGCACUCUUUUACUAUGAAGCCAGGUUGAUGUAACACGUGGCUUGGCAUUCUUGCUGAAAUAAGCAGGGGCGUCCCUGGUAACGUUGCUUGGAUGGCAACAUAUGUUGCUCCAAAACCUGUAUGUUCCUUUCAGCACUAAUGGUGCCUUCACAGAUGUGUAAGUUACCCAUGUCUUGGGCACUAAUACACCCCCAUACCAUCACAGAUGCUGGCUUUUCAACUUUGCGCCUAUAACAAUCCGGAUGGUUUGGAACAUCAAAUAUGUUGUCUUUGUAGCAUAUUCAACUGAAUAUGGGUUGAAAAUGAUUUGAAAAUCAUUGUAUACCGUUUAUAUUUACAUCUAACACAAUUUCCCAACUCAUAUAGAAGCGGGGUUUGUAUAUAUAU